AUGGGAACGAGCAGCAAGGAUAAGAGGGAUAUUUAUUACAGAUUGGCCAAGGAAAACGAUUAUAGGGCACGGAGUGCGUAUAAAAUAAAGCAGAUAGACGAGCACUACAAAAUAUUGCAUGGAAAUACCACGGUUGUUGAUCUCUGUGCUGCACCUGGUGGCUGGACACAAGUUGUUGCUGAAAAAUGUGCAAAAGUGGUUGCUGUCGAUAUUCAAGACAUUUUGACCAUGGAUGAUGUUAUUUUUAUCAAGGAAGAUAUCACCAGCAAUAGCUGUACAGAGUUAGUAUUAAAAAGUGUACACUUUCUGAAUAAUAAUGAAAAUGCGAAGGCUGAUCUGGUCUUGUGCGAUGGCGCAUCAAACAUCUCGGGAAUGCCGGAUGUGGAUGUACACGUGCAACAUUCUAUCCUAUGUUCCGCUCUCAAACUAGCAGGAAAAAUAUCAAGGGCCGGUUCAACAUUUGUGGGGAAAUUAUACAGGGAUGGGGAUGUGAGCACGGUGUUAAAACGCUUCCUGGAAGUGUAUGAGCAUGUGGAACUUGCUAAACCGAAGUGCAGCAGAUCUUUGAGCAUCGAAUGUUUCGUAGUUGCAAUGUCAAAAAGAUUGAAGCCUGUAAAAAUAUGUGAGAAUCAUGUUCCGGUGUUCGAGUGUUUAUCAGUCGGGAACGGACCGGAUCCAGAUGUUAAUACAGAUAAUGCGACGCUUUUGGUCAGGAAGCAUAAAUUCCCUCCAUUAUCGCCGCCGUACAAAAAAGCGGUGGAGAAAAGGAAGAUGAAUUGAGAAGACCUGUAAUUACAUGUCUUGGCACUAUGCAGCAUAAGAAUUUUGGCCAGUAAUGCAAUGAACUAUGCUAAGAUAAAAUUAUCCAAAAGAGUAACUUAGUAUAUUAUGCUCAAGUUAAUGGAUAUAUAAAUUACAUGGUGCUUUCUACAUCACUUAGGCAUUGGUUAUCGAACAAAGGGUCUUUGUCUGUUCGUUUCCAUGGUUAAAUGAAGCUUCUUUCAGGAUGUAUGUGAUUUUUAUUCGUGAGUUAAUGCCGUUUUCGAUCACAAUAUAUGCAAUCAAUAAUAUAAUUAUUGGAGUUAGCCAAAAAAUAUGAACUAUUUUGUGCAGGA